AUGUUGGGAGAUCUUUGUGAUCAGGAUGAGGUAGAUGCCUCCCAAUCGAGGGGCGAGUCGACUCAGUGCUUUGCGGGGGAUGCAGUCAAGGUCCUCAAACGUCCGUUAACUUCCAUACUACACUUAUACUGUAUCUUCCGUCAAUGGGCGGAAUCUCAGCAGCUCCAAUCCACCACCGACUCCCAGCAGCCCCAAUCCACCGUCGAAACCGGUAAUAACCUUCCUGUUGCAAUCAUCCAUCGCCUCCCCACUUUCAAUUUCUCCUUCUCCUGGGCUAAAGGCAUAGUCAACCCAAUCGAACCUUCGGAUCCGUUAUACCCGAUCCACCGGCUAUCUGCUCGGGCCGUGAUCGUCCUGGGUCCUAGCCCGCUCAAAUCCGAGCACUUGGACCAAUACCCAUCCGUAGAAUGUAUUUUUGGAACAUCCGCCGGCGUUGACCAUAUCGAUUUAGCCGAAUGUCGUCGCCGUAAUAUUCGAGUCACUAGCGCCGGUGAUGCCUUCUCUGAAGACGGAGCCGAUUAUGCUAUAGGGCUUUUGAUCGACGUCCUCCGACUUGUUUCUGCUUCCGAUAGGUUUGUCCGGGCCGGGUUGUGGCCCGUCGAAGGCAUUUAUCCUCUUGGAAACAAGGUAGGGGGAAAAAGAGUCGGGAUUGUGGGGCUUGGAAGUAUUGGCAGCUUGGUGGCUAAACGGCUUGAGCCAUUCGGUUGCACCAUCGGCUACACCUCAAGAAACAAAAAGCCACAACUUCCCUAUCAGUUCUACUCCACAGCUCUUGAUCUUGCAACCAACUCGGAUGCCUUAAUCGUGUGUUGUGCAUUGACUGAAAAAACACGCCAUGUCAUCAACCAUGAUGUCAUGAAAGCCCUCGGGAAGAAGGGUAUUAUCGUCAAUAUCGGACGUGGGGCCCUUGUGGAUGAAAAGGAAUUAGUAAAGUUGUUGGUUGGAGGUGAACUUGGAGGAGCCGGUCUAGAUGUGUUUGAGGAUGAACCGGAGGUACCAAGGGAAUUGUUUACAAUGGACAACGUUGUUUUGUCUCCACAUAAAGCUAUUGCAACAAUCGAGGCGAUUGAAGGAUUGAUACAGUUAGUUAUUGGAAACAUGAAAGCCUUUUUUUCAAAUAAGCCAUUGUUGUCUGAACUUAAUCUUCAUGAUUAA